CUAUCGCCGUUAGUAAAAAGACAACCCAUAUUAACCACAUUUCAGACUCCCUGACGCAUUUUUGAAAAAAAUCAUACAUAUAUAUUUAAUAAUCAUUGUUGGAUAAUGUGCCGCAUGUGUCACUUUUAAAUCGGGAAAAAACGUUUCAUCAAGAGUUCCGCCCUCAUGAGCAUGUCGGACAACUUUGAGGGUGACACCGGCAAAGUGUUGAGGAAGAAUCCGUUAAAAUACAAAGAAUUGCUUGAACGUAAUUUUACUAUUACACUGGUACAACCAACACGAUUUCUACCUGGGAGUAGACCUCAGUGUAAAGCCAUGGCUGGACCUGUCAGUCUGGAGCUCGAUCCCAUCUUCCUGAAGGGUCUGAGUUACCUCCAUUCCAAGAGCAAAGACUCUGCCGAGAAGCUUAAAGCCCUACUUGACGAAUCCCUUUCCAGAGGGAGUGACACGUCCUAUCGCCUGGUACAAAAAGAUUUGGAGGUGUCCAAGGGGUCCGUUUCAAAACUCAGCUUCUGCAAACAGGACUCCAAGUCCUCCUCCGGCUCCUCGUCCUCCAGCAUAGGGGGCAAAUCCAGCUCUGAAAAGACCAAGAAGGACACCGACAGGAGAUCGGAGAAGGUUCGCCUUGACAUGGGGGACGCGGACCCUCCGAAAAAGCCCCGUUUGGAGAAACAGGACCGCUCGUCGCCAGUGACUGUGCAGACGAGCAAAGAUCUCCUACCAAACAUCAGCGACUACGACGAGACCAACGCUGAUGACUUCGCCAUGGAGAUGGGCCUGGCGUGCGUGGUUUGCAGACAAAUGACUGUCUCCAUGGGAAACCAGCUGGUAGAGUGUCAGGAGUGCCAUAACUUGUACCAUCAGGACUGCCACAAGCCUCUAGUGACGGAUAAAGAAGUCAAUGACCCCAGGCUGGUGUGGUAUUGCGCACGUUGCACCAGGCAAAUGAAGCGCAUGGCCCAAAAGCCACCGCAGAAGCCCUCCCCAGCUUCCGCCUCGUCAGCGCCGGUUGUUAUAAAAGACAUGCUGGUGAAAAAAACAGAAUUUAAAACCAAGCCGGACACCACUAGCACCUUCCUGGCCUUCAAACGGACAGAAGUGAAGACUUCCACAACAUCAGCCAAUCCCACCAGCAGCAACUCCUCCUCAUCAGGCAGCGGUCUAACGGGCUGGGCCGCGUUCGGCGCUAAGACGACUCCAUCUCUUACCGCGAGCGCCAAACUCGGUUCUUCAGGACCAAGCGGGAGCAACAAGGCAAUGCCGACCCCACCUGUCCAGAAACUAGCUGGUCUCUCCGGUCUUGCCGGAAACAAGUCCGGACUCGGGGCCGCCAAGAUCCCCGGAACGGGCAACGGAAAUGGGUCAAGCCAGGUCUCUCUGAAACCGCCACCUUUGACCUUGGGCAAGCAGCCGCUUAACCGUUCAUCUAGCAGCGAGAACCAGGUGAAGGGUUCUGCCUCGUCUUCGGGGGCGGGCUCACCUGGCAGCUCCCAGGCGAGUCCAGGAGCUGGCGGCACAGGGGGCAAUAAUAAUGGAGGAAGUAACGGAAACAAUGGGAAUGGGUCCAAGGUUCCACCGGGUGAAAAAGCGCCAACAUCCCAAGAGUCCCAGCUCAACGCCAUGAAACGAUUGCACCUUGUGAAGAAGAAAGCAGCACAGAAAAAGCUCAAGAAAUAAGCAGAGGUAGUGAAGCCGUUUCCAACACAUAGACUGUACCGUUUGGUAUAGUACGGAUUGUUGUACUUUCCCUUGUCAAGUUGUGAACGGUACCUUUCAUAGGCGUUGCGUACAUUAACGCUUUUCCAGUUUGACACUGUCCGUUAUUUGAUCGAAGAAACAAACUAAUGUCUUUUCGUGCAGCAUUGGGAAUAUAAUAGCAAGGACGCAAAACUGAAAACCAAGAGAUCUCUACCACGUUCAUCUUCUUUGUCGCAGCGUUCUAUAUAAUAGUCCACAUCUACAGAGAUCACCGUUACGCCUACAGUCCAAACUGCAGUGGAAACAGGAGGCAAAUAAGGAUUUGUUGUUCCAAACCGUACAACUGCGGACUGAGCUAAACUGUACUGCUUUGUAGAAGCAGCGGCUGAUGCAGGGUGAAAUAAAUCCUUAAACACUGCA